GGAUUCAUCUACGCUCUUACCAACUGGAGGGUGUCAACUGGCUCGCCCAGCGCUUCCAUUGUCAGAAUGGCUGCAUCCUGGGAGAUGAGAUGGGCCUGGGUAAGACCUGCCAGACUAUUGCUCUUUUCAUUUACUUGGCUGGACGACUAAAUGAUGAAGGACCAUUUCUGAUUCUAUGUCCUUUGUCUGUCUUGAGCAACUGGAAGGAAGAGAUGGAAAGAUUUGCUCCAGGUCUCUCCUGUGCAGUGUACACAGGAGACAAGGAAGAGAGAGCCCACCUACAGCCAGACUUAAAACAAGAGUCCCGUUUCCAUGUCCUGCUAACUACCUAUGAGGUUUGCUUGAAAGAUGCAUCAUUUCUAAAAUCCUUCCCCUGGAGUGUCCUUGUUGUGGAUGAAGCCCACAGGUUGAAAAACCAAAGCUCCCUGCUGCAUAAGACACUGUCAGAGUUCUCAGUAGUGUUCAAUCUCCUGUUGACUGGCACUCCCAUCCAGAACAGCCUCCAAGAGCUCUACUCCCUCCUCAGCUUUGUGGAGCCUGAUGUUUUUUCCAAGGAGCAGGUGGAAGAUUUUGUUCAGCGGUACCAGGAUAUUGAGAAAGAAUCUGAGACAGCAAGUGAACUGCAUAAGCUCCUCAGGCCAUUUCUGCUGAGGAGAGUGAAAGCCGAGGUAGCUACAGAACUUCCCAAGAAGACAGAAGUCGUGAUAUACCAUGGCAUGUCAGCGUUGCAGAAAAAAUACUACAAGGCUAUUUUGAUGAAAGACCUAGGUAAUCAGAGGGUGUUUCCCGGAGAGGAAACUCAGAUCAGCUUCUGUACACAGGGACUCUGCCUUGGCCCCAGGGCCGUGUCACUGGAGAAGGGCCCUUCUUUUUUAGGGGUGGAGCCAGAGCCUUUUGCAAUCGGAGACCACCUGAUUGAGGCCAGUGGGAAACUUCACCUGUUGGAUAAGCUGCUGGCAUUCCUGUACUCCAGGGGCCAUCGAGUUUUGCUUUUCUCCCAAAUGACCCAGAUGUUGGACAUUCUCCAGGACUACAUGGAUUACAGAGGCUACAGCUAUGAGCGUGUGGACGGUUCCGUGAGAGGAGAAGAGAGACACCUUGCCAUUAAGAACUUUGGACAGCAGCCCAUUUUUAUUUUUCUCCUGAGUACCAGGGCAGGUGGAGUUGGCAUGAAUUUAACUGGAGCAGAUACUGUUAUUUUUGUUGACAGUGAUUUUAAUCCUCAGAAUGACUUGCAAGCAGCUGCCAGGGCUCACCGGAUUGGCCAGAAUAAGUCUGUUAAAGUCAUCCGGCUGGUUGCCCGAGACACUGUGGAGGAAAUCGUCUGCCGGAAAGCAGCCUCCAAACUGCAGCUCACCAACAUGAUCAUAGAAGGAGGCCAUUUGACGCUGGGUGCCCAGAGACCGCUGGCCAAUGCUGGCCUCCAGCUGAGUGAGAUUCUCAAAUUCGGUCUGGAUAAGCUGCUGUCCUCCGAGGGGAGCACCCUGGACGAGCUCGACCUGGAGUCCAUCCUGGGGGAAACAAAAAACGGAGAGUGGGUCUGCGACGUGGCGCCUGCGGCAGAAGGAGGAAGCAGAGAGCAAGAGGAAGGGAAAAACCAUAUGUACAUAUUUGAAGGUAAAGAUUACUCAAAAGAACCUAGUAAGGAAGACAGAAGAUCAUUUGAGCAACUGGUGAAUCUUCAGAAAACCCUUUUGGAGAAAGCUAGUCAGGAGGGCCGGUCACUUCGAAAUAAAGGCAAUGCCGUUGUCCCGGGCCUGGUGACAGGCUCCACCAAGAGGAAGCAUGUCCACACCCCAGAAGAGCUUGAGCACAGAAGGGAGAAGAGACGAGAGGCAGCAGCCAAGAGGAAGAGACUGCUAGAGGAGAAACAGAGGCAGAAGGAAGAAGCCGAUCAUAAGAAAAAGAUGGCCUGGUGGGAGUCCAGCAAUUACCAGUCACCCUGCCUGCCUCUGGAGGAGAGCGAGCCUGAGAGCCCCGAGGAGGGGGAGGACGAGAGCUCUGCUGAGCUGGAUUACCAAGACCCAGACCUCAUCUCCAUCAAGUACGUUAGUGGGGAUGUCACCCACCCUCAAGCUGGGGACGAGGACGCACUCAUCGUUCACUGCAUAGAUGACUCUGGCCGCUGGGGACGAGGUGGUUUAUUCACAGCUCUGGAAACACGAUCAGCGGAGCCAAGAAAAAUAUAUGAGUUGGCUGGGACGAUGAAAGACUUGAGUUUGGGAGGUGUCCUGCUAUUUCCUAUCGAUGAUAAGGAGUCAAGAAGCAAAGGGCAAGAUUUGUUGGCCUUGAUUGUGGCUCAGCACCGUGACCGCUCCAAUGUCCUGUCGGGCAUUCAGAUGGCAGCGCUGGAAGAAGGCCUGAAGAAGAUAUUUUCAGCAGCAAAGAAGAAGAAAGCAAGUGUGCACCUUCCACGCAUUGGACAUGCCACCAAAGGUUUUAACUGGUACGGUACUGAGCGACUUAUUCGGAAACAUUUGGCUGCCAAAGGCAUCCCAACGUACAUCUAUUACUUCCCAAGAAGCAGUACUGCUGUCCAGCAUUCACAGUCUACACCUCCGUCAAGAUACACCGUGACUUAACUGUGACCCGGCAUUAGAUCCAGACUCCGCCGCCAUGAAUAAGACCUGACUGGUCCAGAGCUGUUGGCCAGAGUCUUUUGGAAAGGAUUGGGGAUCUGGCAGUCUUCUGAGAUACUCUGCUUUCUGAAUUUGAAUUUCAUUGUUCUGGAUGUAUUACUUUGAUUUGGUGCCUGUAAUACAGGGAUGCAUGAUUUGUUUGGGAAAUUCUCCUGGCAGCUUGUCAGGGUCCUACUUUGCAUAAUAUGCAUAAUAAUAAAAUUCUAUUUCUAAUGGC